AUGACGUUGAGUAGACAGAGUUUCAGCCGCACCAGAAAACGAGAGUUUUUGCUUGCGGCUCGCUACUGUAACUCAAUGGAAGCAACUCCGAUGAGGCAGACAUCGAGUGUCUUUUCCAAGUCGCGAUUAUAUACGAAACACGGCCACAGGAGAUACGAGUCGCCGCUAAAAUUGAGAGACAUCAAAAUCUCGUCCUUAUCUCUACACAUCUCAGGAGCUGGCAUCGCAGGUAGCGUCACAGCCUACUUUCUCGGUCGUGCGGGCUUCGACGUCACAGUCCUCGAACGCAGUCCCUCUUUACGAACAUUGGGUCAAGGCAUAGACAUGGAAGGACCUGCUGUCGAGAUAGUGCGAAAGAUGGGCGUGGAAGCACUGAUCCGAGGAAAAACUACAGGAGAAAAGGGUGUUGCGUUUGUGGAUGAGAAAAAUUCAACAUUUGCGACCUUUGAUGUAGGCGACAAGCAGAAUGAUAUAGGCUUCACAUCUGAAAUCGAAAUCAUGAGAGGGGAUCUCUGCGAUAUCCUAUACACCGCCGCCUCGGCAUAUCCUAACGUAAACUUCCUCUUCAAUACCAGUAUAACCUCUCUGCUUCAAACCUCUGACUCAGUUUCCAUCACCACAUCCUCCGGCACACAAGAAUCCUACGACAUGCUCAUUGCAGCCGACGGCUUCCGCUCAAAAACCCGAUCCUUGAUACUCGAAAACACAAACACUGAAGCCUUUAUCCAAAGCCAGAAUUGCUGGGUUGCGUACUUUUCCAUCCCAAGGCAGGAUCAAGAUCAUCCAAGGUCGAGAGGGUAUAAUGCAGUAGGAGGUAGAUUUAUCAUGAUACGACCCAAAGACGACAAAGUCAGUUCUGGAUACUUGGUCUUGAGUAAGGAUAGCCCUGUACUCCGAAAAGUCCAACGAGAAGGUAUGGAUGCGCAAAAAGCGGCUUUGGCGGAGAUCUUUGCGGAUGCUGGGUGGGAGGCUACAAGAGUGAUUGAAGGUAUGCGAGACACCGAGGAUUUCUACCUUCAGGAUGUUGCAAAGAUUGAACUUGGGGGGAGAGGAUGGUCCAAGGGAAGGUGUGCGAUGGUUGGUGAUGCUGCGUAUUGUUCUUUCACAGGGACUGGAACCACACUUGCGAUUUUGGGCGGAUAUAUGCUCGCGGGAGAGAUUCUAAGUUCUCCAAAUCAGCCAGAGACUGCGUUCAAGGCUUAUGAGGAUAAGCUGGCGGGGUAUGUCAAAAAGGCGCAGAGUGCACCUAAGGGAGGUCCGCAGGUAUUUGUUCCACAGACAAAGCUAGGUGUUUGGUCAAUUCGGACGGUGAUUUGGCUUGUUUACUGGAGUGGUAUCACGCGGUGGAUUGGCGGGUACAAGAUGCCCAAGUUUGACUUGCCGGACUAUGAUUUUGAUCGUAAGACCGAAUAG